AUGGCAGGCAAUGCUUUGAAAAGACUCAUGGCAGAGUACAAACAAUUAACAGUCAAUCCACCAGAGGGUAUUGUUGCUGGACCAGUGGAUGAAAGGAAUUUUUUUGAAUGGGAAGCACUAAUUGCUGGACCAGAGGGUACUCCAUUUGAAGGUGGUGUUUUCGCUGUACUGUUCCAUCCAAAUAUAUAUCCAGACGGACGCGUGUGCAUUUCCAUACUUCAUGCUCCUGGUGAUGAUCCAAUGGGUUAUGAAAGUUCCGUUGAACGUUGGAGUCCAGUUCAAUCAGUCGAAAAAAUUUUAUUAUCUGUUGUUAGUAUGCUUGCAGAACCGAAUGAUGAGAGUGCAGCUAAUGUGGAUGCAGCAAAAACAUGGCGUGAAGAUAAAGCACGUUUCAAUAGUCUAGCACUUCGAAGUGUACGUAUUAGUUUGGGUAUUUCGGCGGAAUAA